AUGUUCAGUUGGAAGAUUUGGGUUAUUGCCAGUACGGUGUGCAUCUCGGUGUCAGAAAUCAAAGGACAAGAUCCACCCGAUACCGAAUGGUGGAAGACGGCCGUUCUGUAUCAAAUCUAUCCGCGAUCGUUCUACGAUACGGAUGGUAACGGAGUGGGAGACAUCCGCGGAGUGACGGCUAAACUACAAUACCUGAAGGACACCGGUAUCGAUGCCACGUGGCUCAGCCCUAUCUUCAAGUCUCCACAACGAGAUUUUGGGUACGAUGUGAGUGAUUUCCUAGAAGUGGAUCCACUGUUCGGUACGAACACCGAUCUGGAGGAACUGUUCGCUGAAGCGCAAAAGUUGGGGCUGAAGAUCGUGUUAGACUUCGUCCCAAACCACUCGAGCAAUGAGCACUGGUGGUUUAGGCAGUCGGAGCUGCGUGUUGAACCGUACCGUGACUAUUAUGUGUGGCAUCCGGGCAAACCGGUGGCAGGACAGGCGCGACCUGCAGUACCGAACAAUUGGAACUCAGUAUUUUACGGUUCUGCCUGGGAGUGGAGUGAAAUUCGUCAAGAGUACUACCUUCAUCAGUUCGAAGUUGGCCAACCGGACUUAAACUUCCGAAAUCCGAAAGUGGUCGAGGAGUUUGAUGAGAUUCUAAGGUUCUGGAUGGAGCGUGGAGCGUCCGGGUUUCGGGUUGAUGCAAUAAAUCACAUGUUCGAAGAUGAUCUCUUUCGCGAUGAACCUAUCAACGAUCCAUCGGACCCGUUGAGCUAUGGCUACACGCAUCACAUCUAUACAAACAACUUGCUGGAAACUUAUGACGUAAUUGGACACUGGCGGAAGGUGUUGGAUGAGUUCGUGGAACAAACUGGUUCAGACACUAUCAUUAUGCUCACUGAAGCAUACACCAGCAUGGACAUGUUACUUCGAUUCUAUCAAUCUGACGACGGUUCUGAGCAAAGGGCACACUUCCCGUUCAACUUUGUUCUGCUAGGUGAGUUGAACGGCGAAUCCAAUGCACGUGACUUCAAGUAUGUCAUUGAUCGGUGGCUGGAAAAUCUGCCUCGUGGAAAGGUAACCAACUGGGUGUUGGGAAACCACGAUCAGCCCAGAGUUGCCAGCCGCUACGGAGAGGAGCGAAUUGAUGCGAUGAACAUCCUACUGAUGACCUUGCCAGGGGUGGCCGUCACGUACAAUGGUGAAGAAAUUGGUAUGGUUGAUUAUCGCGAUAUGUCCUGGGAAGACAGCUUGGAUCCACAAGGCUGCAAUGUUGGACUCGAGGAGUACAAGUGGAAAUCCCGCGAUCCUCAACGUACACCGUACCAGUGGGAUGACACAUACAACGCAGGGUUUUCAGUAGCCAACAAAACCUGGCUGCCGGUGUAUCCCUACUAUCGCCAAAACAAUCUUCGCAAGCAGCUCGAGAGCGAAUGGAGCCACUACCGGGUGUACACGGAAGCCAUUAAACUACGCCGCCAUCGUGCGUUUCGGGAAGGUUCGUUUCGGUCGAGGGCGUUAAGCGAGCAUGUCUUUGGGUUUGUGCGAUAUCUCAAGGAUGAUCCUACGUUUUUUGUCGUUAUCAUCAAUUUGGGUGGCGAGACGGUUGAGAUAGAUCUGCUCGAUUUGUACGAUACGAUAGAGACGCGUGUAUAUUUGGUAGGGACAGCGUCUCGGUACAAGAUCAACCAACGUGUAAACUCUUCCCGGCUGCUUAUUGGACCGUACGAGUCGCUCAUCCUAGGCAACGAUGGUACAUCGCCAGCGGGAACUGUACUGGAAUGCUUGAAGCUUAUUUUAUCGUGUUUCUUUGUGGGGAGUAUUUUGACGAAGAAUAUACAAAUUUAA